GCUGUGCUGUCUAAGGGAUCAGCUGCGCCUCGAACUAAAAGAGGGUCUACCGUGACUGACUAGCAACCUUGUGCCCGCUGUUGGCCAAUGGGAGAAGAGCUACUUGGUGUCUCCUCACAACAUUAUCACGAGAAGGGUUCUCUAGGAGCAGGUUGAAUGUUUGGGUCAUGGUCUUGUUAAGAUGGGAGCAUUCAAGUUGCUGAGCACAGUGGUGCUACUAAGUAGUAGUACCAGUAGUAAGUACUACAUGCGUGUAAUCAAGCCCACAGCCAUUAGUCCUAAGAGAAUGAACACUUACGCUGAUCAGAAAACCGUCUUCCAUGGACUGAAAACCUUCAUCAUUACUGUCUUUAGCAUACCCUCAGGCUUGCAAGAUUCGGCCCGGUUUCUUCACCUCUUGCAGACCUGGGAGAUGCAACUAGUGAACUUCUGGUUGGCGUUUGAGAAGUCGUGUUCAGACUGGAGUCCGGCGCGUGUCCUUGGAGUGGUCCUCCCGGCAAGCAGUUCCAGUGUGCUGUUCUGCAACACCUUAAACUUGGAGGCUGCUGUCAACCAACUAGGGAGGGGGUAGGACGAUGAGUCGUCUCGGACACUUUGACUUUCAGAAUCCCCAACGACUCCUUUCACCCUACCGGUACCGUUCUCU